CAUCCAUAAACAACCCUUGGUAGUACUAAACAGUAAUUAAUUAUUAACUAACAAGUUAAUUAAAUAAUAAGUGAAUAAAAGUGUUUAAAAAUGUUAUCAUCAUACGACAUGGACCAAAACGUGCAUUACUGCGACACAACCACAAAUCUAACAACGCCAUUUUCGGUUAAAGAUAUCCUCAGCAUCAAUCAAGGCGAAUAUCAACAAUAUCACGAAACGCACAAUCAAAGCAUCCCAGUUAAACAAGAAUAUGUUUAUCCGGAUGUCUCCUAUCAACAAGCGAUUGUAUCAUCAACGCCGCCAUCUUGGGAAACAAAUUAUCCGAAUUAUUACGAUCCAUAUGGUUAUUACACAUCACAACUCAUGCAAAUACCACCUGAAAAUGUACAGACUGAUAACAUGCAGAAUAAUUAUUGUUAUAAUAACGAUUUAAGUGAAAAACAUGAAAAAUCUAUUCAGGAAACCGGAAAUGAUCAAUCCGAACAUGAAAAUGAUGUUGUUUUAAAAAAAUCACCAAUUUUAGAAGGCGAAUCAAGAAAUUUAGUGACAAGUUCCAAGACAGAGCUACGUAAAUCCACCCAGGGUAACAAGAGGAAGCGGAAACCAAGGGUUUUAUUCUCACAGGCACAGAUUUAUGAGCUGGAGACGCGUUUCAAGCAACAAAAGUACCUCUCGGCUCCUGAACGAGAAGCCAUGGCGAAACGCCUGAAACUCACACCUACACAAAUCAAAAUUUGGUUCCAGAAUCGCCGAUACAAGAAUAAACGUCAGACUAUCGACAGUACACAAAAUACAAGUAUUCCUGGAUCUUCUACUAAUAAUAAAUCUAAUAAACAUAAUAAUUAUGUUAGUCCCAUGCCUGCUCCACCUCAAUACCCACAAAAUUGGCAGAUUUACAAUUAUAAUGAUUAUCGUGAUCAUGAACGCCUAAAUGACUACUGUUAUUAAUAUUAAAUUAAAGUAAAAUUAAUUAAAAAAUUAAAAAUUUAAAGGUUGUAAAUAUUUUUGUACAAUAUAUUUUAUUCUAAGUGUAUCUCUGUGCAAUUUGACCAAAUAAAUAUUUUACUUAUUAAA